CAGGACCUGUGUCUGGAGAAGUCACAGGGGCGCAGCCGGGAGCGCCUGCGCUGCUGAGCUGCUGCUGCUUAGCUGCAGGGAGCAGUGGGCUCGGGCUUGCAGGUGUCAGGAGUGGAUAAACGAUGUGCACUGCCCUGAGCCCUAAGGUUCGCAGCGGACCUGGCCUGUCUGAUAUGCAUCAGUACAGCCAGUGGCUGGCCAGCAGACAUGAAGCUAAUUUGCUGCCGAUGAAAGAAGACUUGGCCUUGUGGUUGACCAAUCUAUUAGGGAAAGAGAUAACAGCAGAAACCUUCAUGGAGAAGUUGGAUAAUGGUGCCUUGCUCUGUCAGCUUGCAGCAACUGUGCAGGAGAAAUUCAAAGAAAGCAUGGAUGCCAACAUGCCUGCCAAGACUCUGCCCCUGAAGAAGAUUCCGUGCAAAGCCAGCGCACCCUCAGGCUCCUUUUUUGCCCGAGACAACACAGCCAAUUUCUUAUCCUGGUGCCGAGACUUGGGGGUGGACGAAACCUGUCUUUUUGAAUCUGAAGGCCUGGUUCUGCACAAGCAGCCCCGAGAAGUGUGUCUCUGUUUACUAGAGCUUGGCCGGAUUGCAGCCAGGUAUGGUGUGGAACCUCCUGGUCUGAUAAAGCUGGAAAAAGAAAUUGAACAAGAAGAGACCCUUUCUGCCCCAUCUCCUUCACCUUCUCCUUCAUCCAAAUCUUCAGGAAAGAAGAGCACUGGGAACCUGCUGGAUGAUGCAGUAAAAAGAAUCUCUGAAGAUCCUCCCUGCAAGUGCCCAACUAAGUUCUGUGUGGAGCGACUCUCUCAAGGUCGAUACCGAGUGGGAGAGAAGAUCCUCUUCAUCAGGAUGCUGCAUAACAAGCACGUGAUGGUCCGUGUGGGAGGAGGCUGGGAGACCUUCGCAGGCUAUCUGCUCAAGCAUGACCCCUGCCGCAUGCUGCAGAUCUCUCGUGUGGAUGGCAAGACAUCCCCUGUCCAGAGCAAAUCCCCAACCCUCAAGGACAUGAAUCCAGAUAACUACCUGGUGGUCUCUGCCAGCUACAAGGCUAAGAAGGAGAUUAAAUGAAGCUGGUCUCUGAAAGGGGACUCAUGUGAUGGCCUGUGUCUGUUCUAUAGUGUAGCCAGUGUAGUUCACAUGCUCUGAGAACCACGCGUCAGCAGGCAGGAAAAGGCUCUAAAGGUAGCACUAUUUAUUUUUAAUGCAUCUGUAGAACUUCACCUAAGGGGAAAAAAUCUAAACUCAGAACAAAAUCAGACAACUUGUAAGCAAAUCAUUAUUUCUCAAUAUGUGAAGAUGGUAUUUAGAACAAACCUUAUUAGGAACUCAGUUCUAGGUACAGCCAUUGGAGGAGAACAUGCCCAGGAGACUGUAUUUAGCAUGUAUGAAUAGGUCAACAGGAAGUUCCUGCUCUAUGUCUAUGAGCUAAAGCACCCCAGACACUUUUAUAAUGGCGGAGUUUUAUAGCUAUUUUUUACAAUGACAAUGUGAUAAUGUGCUGCUAAAAUUGUCUGACAGCACUCUACAGUACAGAGUCUUCACAGCCAUACGUAACUGGAAAGGCCGCUUCAGAGAUGUUUACAUUCACUUAGAAGAUUGCCUUAAAGUUCAUCUCUGAUCCCUGACCAAACCAACCUCUGGGGUACUUUCGGAUGUUGCCUGAGCAGCCCUUUAAGAAUAGCAGGUACCUUUCACACACCUUACACAUGUGCAUGCACAUGCACACACACAGUAGCUAUGUUUAGGAUGAUCACUUAGUGAAAUUCACAUGCAUGAGCUACAUGUACAUGGCAUACGUUCAUGUUUGGAUGUGCAGAUGGCACAGUCAAAGGUUUAUCAACUUUGUGAUUUUGUUUAUCUCCAGCAUUUUCUUAUUAAAAUAUGUCUUAGCUAGUCCUAUUCUUCUAUGCUGUCUCAUGAAGUAAAUUCACUAUAGUGAAUGAUGUUACAGACUUGUAUACCCAGGACAGGGCUGUUUUGUACCAAUGAACAGCAAGAUAUUGUCCACACUGAUUUAAGAAUUAAAAACAAAAAAUUAAAAAAAAAACUCACACAUUAUCUGUUUCUGUAUCAGUGCU